ACCGGUGUGCAUGCUGUUUACGCCAAGACAUGAGGUAUAUCUAUCGCAGCAGUUAUUGCCCAACUCAAACUGCUUAGUCUCGUACUUAGGAACUCAUUCUAUGUGUGUCCAACAGCGUCUUUCUUCAGGAAAAGCAAGAAGAGAAAAAAGAUUGAAGAUCAUAUUGUACACGACAAGGAUGCUUCCAGCUCCAGCUCAGUUUCAUUAUGUGUGGGAAAUCAGCUCAGGCAAUGUGACGGCUGGAUCCACUGUGAGGACUUUUGGAAGACUUAGCCUCUAUGAUCCCGCUCGGUCUGAGGCAAUGCUCACAGCAUAUCACUCUGCAACUCAGCAUAAGCUUUGCUUGAACACUCGGUUUGUGGAGCCCUUUUCUGCUCAAAUUGGAUCCUACUACCUAGCAUUAGGAGAACUAGACUCCAUGGAUGAAAAAAAUCUUGUCCUUUAUGCUCGCUUGCUGACCUGCAUUGAAGGUGUAGACCUUUCACUUUUACAAAAUGCAGUAGAAGAACAGAGAAGAUACUUUCUGGAGAGAGAAGCAGCCCGGACAAACCCCCUAAACCCAGUUUAAUUUAUUAUCUUAUUGUCCAUGACCAAUAUGUAGGCCACUGUUUCCCAACCAGGGUGCCUCCAGCUGUUGCAAAACUACAACACCCAGCAUGGCCGGACAGCCUUUGGCUGUCCGGGCAUGCUGGGAGUUGUAGUUUUGCAAUAGUGAUGUAGGCAGUUAUCUAAAUCUAGUUGAUGUUGAACAUCACUGUCACAAACGUUUGUUUCUGGAGGUCUCUGUUUAUACUUGUACAAGGUGUGCUGCAUAUUUCAGCAGCUAUUUGGCUUUAGGGACAGGAUUGUUUUACAAUUAUUAUAUUACAACAACUAAUGAGUCUGUAGAUCCUCGAAACCUUCUUAUGUAACUAAACUUGUCUGGUGGCAAAGAGACAUGCCCCAUUUAACAUUAAAGGAAAAAAGUGUGUGGUCUGUGAAAUUCUGUAAUGGAUAUAAUCUAUUUGGUGCCUCCUGAAAUAAAGAUUACCAAUCCCUA